CCGCGCCCUUUCUUUCAACGCUACCCCAUAGCGCGACCCACCAUCCCGCACACACGGCUCUUUCCGCCCACCGACCACUUUCCUCCUUCAAUCCAUCACCCAAACAUGAGCUUCACCGUGGAAGAAAGGGGAAACCUCAACUCCCUGAGCUACCGCCUGUUCUUCAAGAAUGAUAAGGGAAAGUAUGUCUCACCGUUCCAUGACAUACCAAUAUAUGCUGAUGAGAGUCAGAACAUCUUCCACAUGGUUGUCGAAGUACCAAGGUGGACCAACGCAAAGAUGGAGAUUGCUACAAAAGACCCCUUGAACCCAGUAAAGCAAGAUGUGAAGAAAGGCAAGUUACGAUUUGUUGCCAAUGUUUUCCCACAUAAAGGCUACAUAUGGAAUUAUGGAGCCAUUCCUCAGACAUGGGAAGAUCCCUCACACAAAGAUGGAGACACCGGCUACUGCGGAGACAACGACCCCAUUGAUGUCUGUGAGAUCGGCAGUAAGGUUUGUUCCCGUGGGGAUGUAAUCAAAGUGAAGGUGCUCGGGGUCCUGGCCAUGAUCGAUGAGGGCGAGACUGAUUGGAAAGUGAUAGCAAUCAAUGUAGAGGACGCUGAAGCCAACGACUUGAACAACAUCAGUGACGUCCAGCGCCUGAAACCUGGUUACCUGGAGUCCACGGUCGACUGGUUCAGGAGAUAUAAAGUGCCAGAUGGGAAGCCAGAGAACCAGUUUGCUUUCAACUGCGAGUUCAAAGACAAGGACUUUGCCAUCAAAGUGAUCAAGAACACUCACAACUUCUGGAAAGAUCUAAUUUCCCAGAAGUCCGAAGCUGGUGAACUAAACUGCAAGAACACGUGUGUCUCGGCCAGUGACAGCCCUUACCACUGCUCAGCGGAGGAGGCUAAAGCUGUUGUCAGUGAAACUAGUCCUCCUGGAAACGAAGAACCCAUCCCUUCAUCAGUAGAUAAAUGGUUCUACUAUGAGCGGAAGUAAACCAGGAGCGGAUUGGAGCAGUGAAGCAGUGAUCGCUCGUACUUGUAGAUAGUGCAACCGAUGUGAACUAAUGGGGGGGGGCGGGAUGUGGAUGUUUGGGUCUGGGUUGCUGAUACCCUGUAGAUGGAGAGAUAAUGGUUGUGUGCUGUAGAAAAUGAAGUAAUUAUGUCUUGACCAAAUCAAUUCUUUUAUUUAAUAAAAAAUCUUUUAAGAUGUUCUGUGAUGAACAAAUUAAAAGAACUAUUCUUGUAGUUACUGGUAUUAAUCAUGUAUGAGAAUGUGAACUGCUUAAAUAAAGUUUCUCUGGUUAAAUUAUC